AUGCCGUACUGCUGCGUGCCGCACUGCAAGUCAAGCACCAGGAAAAAGCUUGGUGUAAGCUUCCACGAGUUUCCUGCAGACCAGGCUAUUCAGCAAAAGUGGCUUAAAGCCAUAUCCAGGAAAGAUUUCAUUCCAAACGACAAGUCCGCCAGUAGCGUCGUCUGCUCAUUGCAUUUUGUGGGCGAUGACUACUCUUCUGAUUCACCCAAGAGACGGCGUCUCAAGAGGACUGCUGUUCCCAGUGUCUUUCCUGGUUACCCCACCUAUAUGCAGCCGCAAAUACCACAGAAGCGACGAAAGUUGGAGCGGGAACAACCACCGUGA